CCCAGCAUACAGCAGCAGGCUGGGCUUAGGGAUCUAUUGUUCCCUGUUCUAUUACUGCCAGACCUCGUUCUCUCUCAUUAAGGAGCUAAGAGAGAAAGAGAAACAGAGGAAUUGAAAAGGGAGGAAAGACCUCAGCCCCAUUUGCCCAGGAUUACUUCAUCUUGAACGCACUGGUGUAGACAAAGCAGAAGCAGAAAACAUACUCAAGUCCAGCUCUCUACCUCGUGGCCAGGCUAGCUUUUUUUCCUCCUGACUGCAUUGGGAACUACAGUACUUGCUGUGCGGCGGCCAUGGGGCUGGCCAGCAGAGCUGUGGGGACAUUGGGUAUCCCCUCUCUCUGGACAUUAGCGCUGCUCUUUCUCUCCAUCUGGGAGCUGGAUGCACAAACUGCAGUGGAAAAUAAACCCCUGUACAUCUGGCAAACAGGUCCAUGGGGUCGGUGUAUGGGCAGUGAGUGUGGUCCUGGAGGCAGCCAAAGUAGGGCAGUAUGGUGUGCCCAUUCUGAAGGCUGGACGACCUUGCACACCAACUGUGAUCAGAUGGAACGUCCAGACAACCAGCAGAGUUGUUUCAGAGUGUGCGACUGGCACAAAGAUCUGUAUGACUGGCAGCUGGGUGCAUGGAACCAGUGUGUUCCAGUGUCGAUGCGCAGUGCCGGGGUGCAGCGCCCUGCUGUAUGCACCCGGGGAGAAGAGGGCAUUCAGACCCGUGAGGUGGGCUGCGUGCAGAAAGUGAAUGGUGAGCCUGCAGAGGAUGCAAUCUGUGAAUACUUUGAACCUAAACCACGCCUAGAGCAGGCAUGUCUUAUUCCCUGUCCUCGGGACUGUGUGGUGUCUGAAUUCACCCUGUGGACUCCCUGUUCAAAAACCUGUGGAUUGGGCUUACAGAACCGGAUUCGCUUCAUCCUUGCUCCACCACUGUUUGGCGGAGCAGCCUGCCCAAACUUGACUGAGUUUCAGACAUGCCAGCCAGGGCCCUGUGAGGGAGAGGAAAGUCUCUAUAGCCUUAGAGUGGGACCUUGGGGGCCCUGCUCUGUCCCACUGUCAAGGCAAGCUAGACAAGCUACAAAACCACCCAGGGAAAGUGAUACAGAUUCCAAAGAGGGUGACCAACAGUCCAGAGAGAUCGAAAAACCAUCCACAGGGGCUGACAAGCAGUCCAGGGAAAGUAUCAAACAGUUUGGUGAGGGCGAUAAACAGUCAAAAGGAGGUGACAAACAGAUCAGAGAGGGUGAAAAACAGCACAAAGGAGACAGAUGGUCCAAAGUUGGUAAUAAACUGUCCAGUGAUGGUGACAAACGUUCCAGAUCCAACAGAAAACUGAGUAGGGCAAACAGGAAACCAGACAGGCCAUCCCGACAAGCAGACAGGCCCAAACGCCAAAAAAAGGCUAAAAACAAGGAGAAAAGAGAGAAAAUGAGAGCGAAAGUCAGAGAGAGGUUAAGAGAAAGAGGCAAGUCAAAGGAUCCUCAGACAAAAGAACUUAUUAAGAAGAAGAGGAACAGGAACCGUCAGAACCGCCCAGGAGGAAAGUUCUGGGACUUGCAGGUUGGCUACCAGACCAGAGAAGUGGUGUGUGUCCACAAGAGUGGGAAUGUUGAAGCUCUCAGCCUGUGCUCUCAGGAGACAUUGCCAGUGACCUUCCAGGCCUGCAUCAUGACCAAAGACUGUGAUGUUACUGAAUGGUCUGAAUGGUCAGCUUGCUCCAAGGAAUGUUCUGACCCCAACGGGCCCAAGGGUGAACAUAUCCGCACCAGAAAGGUUAGCCAAUUCCCAAUUGGUGGAGGAGGAGAUUGCCCAGAACUGGAGGAAAAGAAACCCUGCAGCCCCCAGGGAGAUGGAUUGCCACCCUGUAUUGUUUACAGCUGGAAGACCACAGAGUGGACAGAGUGCAGGGCGGAUGUGCUGCUAAGCCAACAGGACCGUCGGCGUGGAAACACAACAGGGCUAUGUGGAGGCGGGAUUCAAACCCGGGAGGUAUACUGUGUCCAAACCAGUGCUGAUACACCAACCAACCUCGGUUCACUCAGGAGCAAAGAUGCAUUGCGACCAGUGGACAGUGAUCUUUGUAUGGGUGCCCCCCCGAACACCACCCAGCUCUGCCAUAUUAGAUGUCCUGUAGAUUGUGAGGUGUCUUCAUGGAGCGCCUGGGGACCCUGCACCUAUGAAACCUGUCAAGACCAGGCAGCCAAGAAAGGCUUCAAACUGAGGAAGAGGAACAUUUUCAAUGAGCUAAUGGGCUGGACGGGGAACUGCCCCCACCUGGUGGAAGCAAUACCGUGUGAAGACCCCAGCUGCUAUGACUGGCUGGUGAUUAAACUUGAGGCAUGUAUCCCUGAUAAUGAAAAGGAGUGUGGACCAGGAACCCAGAUCCCUCAAGUGCAGUGUAUCAACAGUGAUGGUAAAUAUGUGGAGAGACAGCUCUGCCGUGAUGCGAUCCUGCCCAUGCCUGUCAUCUGUGAGAUGCCUUGUCCCAAGGACUGUGUCCUGAGCCCCUGGACCCCCUGGUCUCUUUGCUCACAUACCUGCUCUGGAAAAAACACAGAGGGCAAACAGACCAGAGCUCGCUCCAUCCUGGCCUAUAAUGCAGGAGAAGGUGGAAUUCUCUGUCCCAACAUCAGUGCCCUGCAGGAGGUGAGGAACUGCAACGACCAUCCCUGCACUGUGUACCACUGGCAAACAAGUCCGUGGGGGCAGUGCAUAGAGGACUCCUCCAUUCCGGCCACCAAUACAUCUGUGAGCCGAACACAUGGUGACGAUGCCUCCUGCUCAGUGGGGAUGCAAACCCGCAAGGUCAUCUGUAUCCGGGUCAAUGUGGGCCAGGUUCCUCCCAAAAAGUGUCCUGAGAGUCUGCGCCCAGACACCGUCAGGCCCUGCUUACUGCCAUGCAAGAGAGACUGUAUUGUCACCCCAUACAGCGACUGGAGCCCCUGUCCAUCAACAUGUCAAGCAGGUGGUAACACUAAGAAGAAGCAGUAUAGGAAACGUAUUGUUAUCCAGUUAACAGCCAAUGGGGGGCAGGACUGUCCUGAAGUGCUGACCCAGGAGAGGGAGUGUGACGCUCCAUCUGUCUGUCAAGGAUAUCGUUGGAAAACUCACAAGUGGCGGCGAUGCCAGCUCAUUCCAUGGUCAGUUCGUCAGGACAGUCCAGGAGCUCAGGAGGAGUGUGGGACGGGGUUGCAGAUUCGAGCUGUUUCGUGUCGGAAGCAGGACGGUGGGCAGGCAGACAUUGAAGCUUGUUUUAAGUUUGCCAGCUCCAUGCCGCCUCUCAUCCAGCCCUGCCAGCUGCCCUGCCAGGAAGACUGUCAACUCAGCAGCUGGUCCAAGUUUUCCUCCUGCACAGCUGACUGUGUAGGUGUCAGGACCCGCAAGAGGAUACUAGUGGGCAAAAGCAAAAAGCGUGACCAGUGUAAAAACCACCAGAUGUAUCCCCUGAGCGAGACUCAGUACUGCCCAUGUAACAAAUACAACGCACAGCCUGUUGGCAACUGGUCGGACUGUAUCCUAUCUGAGGGCAGCCGCAUGGAGGGUCAACCAGGCAUGAAGGUCCAAGGCGACAUCAAGGAGUGUGGCCAAGGAUAUCGUUACCAGGCCAUGGUCUGCUAUGACCAGGACAACCGCAUAGUGGAGACCUCUCGCUGCAACAGCCAUGGAUAUAUCGAGGAGGCUUGCAUCAUCCCCUGUCCAUCUGACUGCAAACUAAGUGAGUGGUCCAACUGGUCGCGUUGCAGCAAGUCCUGUGGUAGUGGUGUCAAAGUUCGCUCCAAGUGGCUUAGAGAAAAGCCCUAUAACGGCGGGAGGCCAUGUCCUAAACUUGACCAUGUCAACCAGGUGUAUGAGGUGGUGCCGUGCCUCAGUGACUGUGGACAGUACGUCUGGGUUGCAGAGCCUUGGAGUGUAUGGAAAGUCAGCAAUGUGGAUCUGAAGGACAACUGUGGUGAAGGUGUUCAGACCAGGAAAGUCAGGUGUAUGCUGAACACAAUAGAUGGACCCUCUGAGCAAGUGGAGGACUACUUGUGUGACCCAGAGGAGAUGCCUCUGGGGGCCCGCAACAGCCGGCUGCCCUGCCCCGAGGACUGUGUGCUAUCAGACUGGGAAGCCUGGAGUCUAUGUGCACUGCCAUGCAGUGGGAACAGUACCCGGAAGAGGAGUGCGUACCCACUCCGCCAGCCUGGAGAGGAGAAGGAGUGUCCUCCAACUAAAGAGACAGAGCCCUGCAAACUCAACAGCAACUGCUUCCACUACUCCUACAACAUCACUGAUUGGAGCACCUGUCAGCUGAGUGACAGAGCAGUGUGUGGAAAUGGCAUUAAAACCCGCAUGCUGGACUGUGUACGUAGCGAUGGUAAAUCUGUUGACCUCAAGUUCUGCAAAGAGUUGGGUCUGGAGAGGACGUGGCAGAUGAACACUUCCUGCGUGGUGGAAUGCCCUGUCAACUGCCAGCUGUCUGACUGGUCACCAUGGUCUGAGUGCUCUCACACCUGUGGGCUGGCAGGGAAGCUGUGGAGGAGACGGACAGUGAUCCAGGCGCCUCAGGGUGAUGGGAGACCCUGUCUAUCCCAGAUGGAGCAGUGGAAGCCUUGUCUAGUGAAACCCUGCUACAACUGGAGAUACAGCGCCUGGUCUGAGUGCAAGUCUGAGGGGGCAAGGUGUGGAGAAGGCCUGCGCUUCAGGAACAUGUCAUGCUUUGUGUCGGAUGGUUCGGGUCAGUUGGACAGCAGCCUGGUGGAUGAUGAGCUAUGUGGUGAUCUGGAGCCUUCAUUGGACGGAGAUACACACAUAGUUUUGGAGGAAACCUGUACUGUGCCCUGUCCAGGUGAGUGCUACCUGAAGGACUGGACUGUUUGGAGUCCAUGCCAACUUAGCUGUGUGAGUGGGGAUGACCUGGGUUUUGGCUCAGUCCAGGUCCGAUCCAGAGCCGUGGUGGCCCAGGAUCCAGAUAAUCUGCUGCAGUGUCCAGAACAGGAGCUAGAGGCACGGCCAUGUACAGAUGGCCAGUGUUUUGAAUAUAAAUGGAGGACUGGACCAUGGAGAGGCUCAUCUCGCCAAGUGUGGUGUCAGCGUUCAGAUGGACUAAAUGUCACAGGUGGAUGCCCUGUGACUGCCAAGCCAAUGGCUGACCGAUCCUGUGACCCGCCCUGCACCAAACCACGUUCCCUUUGCACAGAGGUUGGUGUGUGUGGCUGUGAAGAAGGCUACACUGAAGUGAUGACAUCUGAUGGCCUACUGGACCAGUGUACAGUCAUCCCGGUGCUGGAGAUCCCCACGGCAGGUGACAACAAGGCCGAUGUCAAAACCAUCCGAGCCUUUAACCCCACCCAGCCUGCAAUCAGCACACCAAGCAGGGUGGGACGCACUUGGUUCCUGCAGCCCUUUGGUCCAGAUGGGAAGCUGAAGACCUGGGUGUAUGGAGUAGCAGCUGGAGCGUUUGUUCUGCUCGUCUUUAUAAUCUCCAUGACAUACUUAGCAUGCAAAAAGCCAAAGAAGCCACAGCGACGACAGAUGAACAACAGACUGAAGCCACUGACUCUAGCUUACGAUGGAGACGCUGAUAUGUAGAACUUCUUUCUAACCACACUGACCUAUAGACAUUCAUCCUUGUGCAGGGCACACAGGGUUGCUAUGGGCAGCCUCCAAUGUCAGGGCUGCCACUGGGCAUUGUUCAUCCAACACGCAGACACCCAAGGAACAUGAUUUUGAUGGAAAGAGAAACCUCAAAGAUCAAGACACUGAAUCUAUGUUCAUUAGCAUCCUUGAUGUUCCUGUCCUCAUUUUGUAUUUGCAUUUUGAUCAUUUCAAAAGAGCCUUCAUGAAUUCUUUAACUUCUUUCAGAAGUUUGCCUUUGCUUCUCUGCCAUCUACUACUGCCAGUAUUAGCCAUACCACAGUUGUUGCACAGUUGAGGGUCACCUGAAAAGAUAUUGCUCUAAAAGCACAAAUCUUCUUAUGUCUUUUUAAUAAUUUUGUCACAGCUGGAUGGGAUAAUCUCUGGAGGACACUUGUCAAUUCUUUCUACAAUUAAGAACAUUUACAACCUUCGGUGUUGUUAUGGCCCGGGUCCAUCUCGCAAGAAAAAAAAGAUAAAACCAGAGAAAAAGAGUGUGAUGAAUCCCAGAGCCACCAUUACUUCUGCCUGCCUCUUCCUUCUCAGUUUUCAGGCAUAAUUUUGCACUAUAUUAGUGCAGCAUGGUAUCUUCUUAUGUCUAGCUUUUCACCAUAGGAAACUGCCUCUCUCAACAAGAUGAUGUACAGUCUUGUGCUAGAAAUGUAAAAAAGUAGACUUUUUUUCCAGCAGAACUCACUAAUGUUUGUUAAUAUUUUUCUUCUAUUACCUCUUGUAUGUGACUCUUGGACAGGACUUGAUGUAAAUAGGAUUUUCUUUGUGGUCUCAACGUUACCUUUCUAAUAUGUACAGUUACAUGUCCCAAACUCUCUGAGUUUGUUUAUUCUCUGACAAUUUUUUGACUGUGACUUAACAUCUGGAUUUUUACUUUUGUAAGUUAUUGAUAUAUAUCACUGUUAUCGAUUCAGACUACAUGAGAUACAUAGAAAUCCCUUCCAUUAUGAAACUCUGUAGCUGUGAAAUGGGAAGAAGAUAAGAGGAGGCAAUACUUAAACAUGGAAAACAGUUAAUAUUGUUAGUAUAAGUUUUUAUUGCAUCUUGACUUCUAGUAUUUAGGUGGAUGAAGAUUAUUUGGGCCUGUGACAUCUGAGUUUGGAGAUUAAUCCAAGAAGAAAGUUAAAAUAAAUCAGAAUUCUGAGGUCAAACAUCAGAACAUCAGAAUUAUUUUUUUUUUCCUUGAUGAGACUCAUAGAGAUAUAAAGAUCUCAGUAUGCUUCAAACUACUAGUUCAUUAUGAUGUAUUAUAAAAGUGUUUGAACCUGCAUGUUUUGAAUGGUGAGACAAGCCUGCCAUCAUAUUCUCUUCCUGGCUGCAUCGAUCUGCCUCUUUAAUAUAUCUCCAGGAACUCUGGGUGCUGUAAAGACAGCACACACUCACUAAUAGUCAUUGUGUUUCAUUUGGUUGUCCACACAAAAAGUGACACAGGUAAUUGUGUGAAAAAUGAAGAGAUUGAGAAAAUUACAUCCACCACUGAAAAUGGAUUCUACCAGGCAGGAGCUACCUUCAAAUGACCGUCAGUUUUGGCGUCUUGGAUGUCCUCCCCACUCCACCCUGAGAUGAGGCUAGACCUCUUUUUUUGCAGUUUCAGGAUCCAGAGGCUCUCCAGAAUUGAGAGGCUGUAUUCAUCUUAGAAUUUUGGUUUUGCCACUGCUUUCUAAUGAGACUCUUUAUAAAUUAUUUAUAAGUUGUAACUAAUAGCUUUAUGAAUGGUAAAUAAAUAAUUUCCUAAUGAUCAGUUACAAGCAUAGGGGCCUUUUAGGUUGGUCCUGACUUGUGGGUUGGUUAUUAAUCUUUAUAAGCCUACACUGUUAGGUUUACUCACAACAUGUCCACACAAAGCAUGUUCUCCUAUAACAAACUUAUAUAGGGUUAGUCAAUUAUUUAUUUACCAUUAAUUAAGACAUUACUUAUAACUUGUAAAGCCUUAAUAAAAAAUGCCUUAUUAGAACGGCAACUUUUUUUUGCACUAACCAUUUUCUAGUUUGAAUUUAGUCAGGCCUUCAGGUAUUUGAGAUGUCAUGUCUUUGCCAAUUUACAAUGCCCUCAUAUCCAAUCUAAUGUAGCAUACCAAGAAACAGACUUCUGCAGGAGGCUCAUCCCUCUUCACAACUACAGAAAAAAAGCCUGAAAAACCUGAAGGAUUCAGGAUCCGGUCUUACAGGUUUUAUUCAUCCAUUCAUGUUUAAUGAGAUUCAUCUGAAUGACCUAUCCCGGAGAGACUCUACUGGAACAGUGGCUGUGGUCCCUCUGUCUUAAUGAGCUUUCAGCCCAAUUGUAUCACUCUGGGUGACUUUAUUAUCCCAUGAUUGUGUGAAAUCCUGUCCAGGCACUUUUCUGUUUAUACAAGUAGAAUCAUUGUAUGGGAAUAUUUUGAUCAUCAAAUAUUUGAUGUGUGAAAAUUUAAACCAUACAAUGCUGCCUAAUGUAACUGCCUGAGGGAAACUAAAAGUCCAGUCACCCAAAGUGAACAGUCUAAUAUUGGUUAGUAGUUUAAUAUUCUGUGGAGUUUGUUGCUAGUAAAUUAACAGAAUGUUUAAUUUAUAUUUCUUGGAAUAUGAGUUGUAAAUAAAGUGCUAAAUAUUUCCUUUUUUAUUUAUUGUUCAUGUACCAUAAUAUGUUUCAUUUUUUACUGCACAAGAUGUUAUGCAUACAUAAAAAGAAAAAGAAAAAAAAGAUGAACUCACUGAUGAACAUGACCUUUUCCUACUGUUUGUUUAUAUGUAUUUGAUUAAUUGCUGAUAAUAAACAAGGGAAAUAUUUCAA